GCGGUCGCACAAGCGGCUCUCCAGGGCGCUGGGGAGAUUUUGUUCAGGGGGCUGCGGGCCGCGCUCUACGAGCGGCUCGUGGCUGCCCCCCUCUCUGUGCUUCAGGACCAGGGGCCUCCAUCGCCUGCCUGGUCCAUCCAGCAGGCGGACUCGUCCGAGGGUGAGGGGGCCUCCUGCCCUCUCCCUUCGGCGGGUUCCACCUGCCCCACCGUCUGCCUCGGGCUGGCGGUGGACCUGAGCGGCGGGGUCUCUCCCUGGCUGCUCAGCACGGUCGCCGCCCUCCUCUGGGUGACGGCCGCCUGCAGCGCCUGCGCGGGCUGCUGCCUCGGGCUGCUGGGCCCGUACGUGUGGCGGAGGACCGCCGUGCGGCGCGAGCGCUGGCCUACGGGGCUCCGCCUCGACCUCAAGCGCUCGAGCGGGCAGACGCCCAGCGUGCGGGCGGCGGCGUCCACGGCGGCGCCCACUGAUGGGGGCAUCCUGCUGGCCCUGCCUGGUGCCUUUCGCUCUACAGCGGAGCUCGAGGCUGCCGAGGCGGAUGGCUUUGCUGGGAUGAUAGGCCCCUUCCAGCUAGUGGACGUCCAGCUCCAGGGGGCCGCUUCACGGCCGCUCGCCACUACCGCAUCCGUCCUCGUUAUAGAUAUCGAGGUUGCCGAGCUCGAGCUCGAGUCGCUGUACCCUCUAGAGGUCGGCGACGACGCAGGCAUCGUUCCCUUCGCCGAGGUGCGCAGCCGCGUCUAUUGGCCGCAUCCUUCGGGGGUUCGGGUGCUUCGCGAGGGCUACGCUCGUUUGCACGGCGCCCCGCCUACCGCAGGGGAAGAGCCUCUCCCAGGGGCCGAUCGGGCUACCCCCUACCACUCUGCCGACGAGAUGGAGGAGCCCGAGGGGUUCGCGGCCGACGGGGAAGCCGACCGCGCGGCCCCAAGUGCGCGAGCCCCCGCGGUCGCUGGAGCGCCGCGCGGCCCGCCCGCCAAGCGCGCUGGCGCCGCCGCGCCGCCACGGGUCGCGGGUCCUGCUCCGAUUGCUCCUGGUGCUCCUGCGGCGUCUCUGGACGACGGGGCUCCCAUGACCCGCGCCGAGGUAGCUGCCGAAAUGCGCGCCUUGCUUGCAGCCCACGCGGCCUCCACGAUGGUCGGCGGACCCGAACCGCUGGGCCCCGCUCCGGCUGCCCGGAGCGCUCGGCCCGAGGUGCCUCAGCUUUUCAGCGACGAGGCGGCGCGCCUCGGGCUGGAUCCUGCGGGGAUCGAGGCCGUCUUGUCCCACGCGCCCGUGGCCCCACAUCGGGUCUCCGCGCGCCCCAAGGGACCCACCUCCGCGCUGGUCUCGGCGUGGGAGAAGGCGCGCUCUCUUGCUGUCCCUCGGGCCCCUUCGUCCGCUUCCGGACCGAUGGGCCCCCCGCCGCCGCCUGGGCUAGCCCAUCCCGCUGCGGUCGACGGCUUUGCCGAGGCGGGCGGCGCCGACGGGUUAGAGCCGCCCCUUGCGGCCAAUCCGACGGACUUCAGCCUCAUGCUUCAGUGCCUGCACCAGUCCCUUUCCUUGCAGCAGGGGCGGGGCCAUCGCCCAGCCUUCCACCCGCUUCUGGGGACCCUGAGCGACCAAGCUCAAACUCCGCCCGCGACCUCGGGCGACCCCGCGCACGCAUCGGCUCAGAUGGGGGGAAUCGCUCGGAGGCGCGAGUGGCAGCAAGCGCUGAUGCAGCACGGCCCCGACGUGCGAGGACUGAUGAAGGAGAAUUUGGCCCGCGUUCUGGGCGUGGAAGUCAGCGCCGUGACCCCCAUGGCCAUGCAUCAGUACUUUCGCGAGCACAGCCCCCUCGGGGCUCAGCCGUCGACGCACGAGUUGUUGACGCAUUUUGCCUUCCUCAGCGCCGAGCUGUGGCGGGCCUGCGAGGAGGGCAACCCCGAGAGGGUCCAGACCUUGCUGACUUGCCAGUGCAUGUUCAUCGACCAGUUGGCGGGGGACCGCGGCUACCUCGAGGCCGCUUGGUUCCUCACGGGGCUGGAGCCUCCCCCGUGUCGCGUGACCAGUCGUCACACGGAGCGCGAGGCCCAGACCCCGUUUUCACCCCUAGUGGAUCCUCGCUGGCUGUCGGCGCAGGGCGAAUACAUGAAGGAGCUGCAAGCAUUUCGGGCGCGCCUCGACGCCGAGCGCGCCGUCGCGCUCCCCAAGCAUCCACCUCAUCAGCCCAAGCAGCCCAAGGUCUCAAAGCCCCCCUUCAAGUCUCAGGGUGCUCCCAAGGCCCCGAAGGCGGUGCCCAAGAAGGCGCAGGGAGCGCUGGAGAUUGCGGCGCGCGGCGCGGACGCUCGCGCAGUCGAGCCCUUCGAUUUAAAAGUCAGGGCGUCUCGCAUUAAGUGGGAUUACUCGCCAGUGUUUGAUCCCAUUCCAUUUCUCUCUGACGCUCGAGUCCGCGAAGCGUUCAUCAAUCCAGAGGAGAUGCGGCUCCCGGCGUCAGAGUGGCCUGCUGGCCAAAAGGGGGCGCGUGUCCAUAUGGACCGCGCCGAGCUGUGGGCCCUGCUCCAGAAGUGGGAUGCCUGCGGCGCCCUGUACCUGACUCCUGCUUCGGACCUCGCCUGGGAUGAAGCCUGCGGAGCUUUCAGGGUACCGAAGGACAGCGACUUCGACAGGCUGAUCCUGAACCCAACGGUCGUGAACAGCCGCUGUGCCUCAAUCUCGUCCAGCACCCAGCGCCUUGGCCAGGGUUUCCUGCUGUGCCGUUUGGGUCUGGCGCCUGGGGAGUGGCUGGCAGUUUCUUGCGACGACCUACGGGAGUUUCACUACACUUUCCGCGUUCCUCCCGCGCGCGCCAGGCGUAACGCCCUUCGCGUUCGUCUGCCAUCAUCCCGCUUCAAGGCCUUUCGAGCCUGGCGCCCCGAGCUCGAAGGUGUGGACGUCGCGCCUUGCCUCAAUGCUCUAGCGAUGGGCGACAACAUGGCGGUGGAGAUUGCCAACUCUGCACAUGAAGGCGUCUUGCACAGCUUCGGGGCCUUGCGGCCUCACGAGCAGGUUGUCCACCGCUCGCCCUUCCCGCGGGGACCGUUUGUCGAGAUGCUGAAUAUUGAUGACCAUACAGGUUUUCAGAAGCUCUCGUGGCAUGGCUCCGCUCCUCGCCCCGACGACCCCUGUCGUCGUGAUCGUGAGGUCUUCGCCGCCUGCGAUGCAGGCUACCCGCGCGUGGGCCUGAUUCAGCAUCCAGGCAAGCGCGCGCGCGGCGAAACGCACAAGGUGGUGGUGGGCGCCGAGGUGGAAGGGCGCAUAGGCAUCGUCUGCGCUCCCUUAGUGCGGACGGUGGCCUUGUGCAGGCUGACCCUGAUCCAAAUCUACCUCGGCAUCACCACACGCUCCCUGUUAGCCUCUCUUGUGGGCUGCUGGGUCCAGGUGUUCCUCUAUCGCCGUCCGAUGCUCGCCAUUUUCACGCACGUCUACAACUUCCUGUCGCGCCUGGCGACCGAGGAGGGCAUUGAAUACGACUUGCCUCCUUAUGUUCGCGACGAGCUUUUGGCCUGCACCUUUUUAGCCUUUACGGCUAUAACCGACCUUCGGGCGCAGCCUUGCCCCGAGGUGUUCGGUACGGACGCGUCUCUCGGCUGGGGGGGCGUUGUCCGCGCUCCUAUCAGCCCGCAGCUCUCCGCCGAGCUGUGGCGCAGAUCGGAGCACGGGGGGUGGCACACGAUCCUGCACAAUCGGAGCCUCCUCGCCGUACUCAGCCGCGGCGUGCCCUUGGGCCCUGAGCUCGCCCAACUGCAUCGCGACCUGGGGCUCCCGUCUAUUGAGCCCCCCGUCGCGCCGCGUUGGGUCACCGAGCUAUCAGAGGCGCUGCGCUUUCGGCUCGCGUACAAAUGGGAGUUUCGCAUGCCCCGUCACAUCAAUAUCCUUGAGACAACGGUGUAUAAGAGCUUGUGCAAGUACUGCUGCCCCGAGGGGCUGCUCAGCCACCGCUGGGCGGCCGCCCCCCCCCCCUCGGAGGGCGCGGGGAUGGCCGCCGACGCCGCCAGCGACGGCGCCCAGGGGGGGGCACCUGACCCCUCGGGCGCCGCCGAGAGCAGCAGUGAAGCUGCUCUCGCCAGCGGAGAGCGUCGCGGGCCUCGCAACGCGCUCUUCGCUGACAGCGAACGGCCUCUCGCGUCCUCGGCAGACGCCACGCCAAAAGCGUCUGCCUCCGCGGAGGGCGGCUCGCCCGGCCCCGACCCUGGCGCCGCCAGCGCAGGAUCGGCUCCCCAGGCCGCCAAGCGUGCUCCGCCACUGGCCCUCCGCUCCAAGGCCGCGGCGGCCCCUCCGCCUGCUAUCGGGGUGGGCUCGUCGCGCGUCGGCUCGCGGGAAGCGCCAAAGGGGGCCUCAGCAGCUACCCCCCGCACCUUCCAGCGAGCGGCCAGGGUGAGCGCCUCUCGCCAACUGCUUGGCGUAGUGGACGGGGCCUCGCGCGGCACAAUUGAGGCCGCCUUCAGGCGCCAGUCCCUAGUCUACCAUCCAGACAGGACUCCCGCGCACCUGGGCGCCGACGAGCGAGCAGCCCGCGCGCUGAAGUGGAAGCAGCUCUGUGACGCCAAGUCAGUGUUGCUCCAGGCCGUCUCGCAGGCCGCCGCGCCGCCCGAUGUUCCUAGCACGGGCGGCGACGGUCCUGCCGCCCGCGCCUACGCCCGGGCCAAGGCGGCAGGAAAGGGCGCCCGCAAGGGCAAGCUGGCUCCAGGGUCGACCAUGGCCCUUCAGGCGCUCGAAGAGGCGGUCUCCUCGCGGGUCGCCCUUGCGAGCGCCGAGCUGGCCCCUCGGGCUGCCCUCCCCGCCUCGGGCGCGCCUCUCCCGAGGGGCGGGGUUUCGUCUGCCCUCGCGACGCGGGCGGCUGAGUCGGAUGCCACCCUCGUCUCCGCCGUGUCGCGCGGCCGCGUGGAGCUCGACGCACUCCGCACCGCGCGUGCCGACGCCACCAGGCGCACGGUGCAGGCUCCUGCACGCGGCGAAGGAGAGCGUGCCGUCGCUCGUGCCGAGCUCGCGGAAGGGAUGGCCGAUCGCGCCUACUUCCGACGCGUGCGCGAGGCCGCCAGUCGAGAGGCCGCGGGCUUGCCGCGCACUGCUCCCGUCCAGCUGGGUCGGGAUUGGCGCAAAACCUUGCGCGCCGUCCUGCACAACGCUGAGGUCUCGACGGGCCUCGCCAUCGCAGAACGUGCCGCUCGUGCUGGGAACGCACCCGCGUCGUCCACUGGCCGCUCCUUGGCCGAGGUGGAGGCUGAGGACCCGCGCGCCUUGGCAAGGCCCGCCGACGACCCUGCGUCCAGCUUCAGCCGUCGUGAGCGGCGCGCGGUCCGCGCCCGCCUGGGCCCGCGGGAUGAAGCGGUCGAGGACCAGCCCAACCGCGGUGGUCACGCGCCGCACUCCGCCUCGCGCACGGGCGCCGCGCGCGCCAGGCGCGCCGCCAGGCAGCGGCGGGCUUCGAUGGCGGCGCUCCCCGCCCCUGAGGGGGGGGCCGCCACGGCGCCUGGCCGCAGGGCGCGUCGCACUGCCAAUGCGCGCCGCUGGGCAGGCGCGGCACGCCCCAGCUCCGCCGCGGGAGUGGGCUCCCCACCGCGGAGCCGCAGCCCUGCCCGCAGCCGUACGCGGUCUCCAAACCCGUACGGGACCGACCGCACCUCUCCCUCGGGGGGCUGCUCGUCGCCUCCCGUCAACGGCCCGAUCUCGCCCGAGGAGCCGUCGGAGCCGCCUGCGGGGGAGGCAUCGGAGGGCCCGCACACUCCUGACGGGUCCCCGCCCGCGAGCGUUCGCAGCCGCUCGAGAGCGGAGCCCGCGUGCGACGAGGACUCUCCGACGGAGCUCGAGGACGUCGUGCUGAGUGCCCUCGCAGACUCCUCGAUGGACCUCGAGCGCGUCGUGGCGGGCCUGAACCCCGAGGUCCUCCGCCGCCUGCAGGUGCGCUCCCCUCGAGUCGCUCCGAAGCGGCGCCCGAGCCCCGCUACUGCGCAGCGGCCAGCCACGUCCCGCCAUGGUGCGAGCUCGGGCGACGCCCACGCAGGCAGCUCCCGCGCGGACUCCGCUGCUCAGGCCCCUCAGUCUUCGGUAGGCACGCGCUCCUCCAGCGAUGCUGUUGCGGCCCCGCAGGGCGGAGGGCGUGCCGCCGAGGAAAGGGGGUCUUCGAGCGGCCCCGCGCCUGGCCGAGAUUCAGGGCACGAGCUGCAUCCCAGCGGCUCCCACAGCGGCGACGCUGGGAGCGCCGCGGCUGCAGCCUUCGCAGCGCGGCGCACGGCCUCCGCGGCCGUUGAGCAGCCCUUGCCUCCAGGGGCCGCCACCGCCCUAGCGUGGCGUCUCAACCUCGGCGGUGAGAAGGUCACAGUGGUGAGGUGGGGACCCGCCUGGCAAGCUGCCUUCCAGAGCGCGGCGUCGUGGCUGAGGUCUUUCGCACCCGCAGGGGCCGCCGAGCCCGAGGGCAGAGAUGACCUGCACUGCCUCCUGCAGGCCUUGCACGCCUAUAAGCGCCUGUUUCAGACAGGCGGCGCCGAGCCGAUCGACGAAGCCUCGUGGUUGCAUCCUUACGUGGCCGCCGUCGAGCCCGAGGCUAUCCCCGCGGGCGCUGACCUCCAAGCCAUGGGGGCGGGCGCCAUCCGUGGCAUCGGGCUCGGCUCAAAGAUCGAGCACAGGAGGCGCGCGGGCAAGUUGGCCUGCCUUUUCGACCUUCUGUACCACGUGCAGGACGGUCACGGCGCCAUCCCAGCAGCGCUGUGGGGAUCUCAUUCCCCUCCGUCCGAGAUCCUCGACGCGUUCGCGGAGGUGGUGCCCGUUCCACAUCAUUCGGGCCUCACGUCCUCGGCAGCUCGUUCCGAGCUCGCCGAAUCGGCCGCAGCUGCGCGCGCCGAGCCGCGCCCGCCCUUUGACUGGGCGACCCUCGAGGGAGGGGGCGCUCUGCCCGCCGAGAUCGAAGCAGGGGCUCGCCGUGCUCACCGUAACAUGGGCGGAUCCUUCACCUCGGCGCGGGCGAUGCUGGCGGAGGCGUCGGGGUUCGAGACCGACGGGCGGGACACCCUCGUUCCGCCCUUCUACGCGUCCAGGAGCAGGAGGGCCGCCACGCUGAUCAGCUCUCCCAGCCCUGGCCGCCCUGCGCUCAUCCUGUGGUGCGUCUGCGGCCUCUGCAUCUCUCUGGGAGCCGCGGCGCCGACCGCAG